UAUUUUUUUUUGGGGUGGUUUCUUCUCGUUUCGGGAUGGCUGCGGCCGGCAGGGAGGCGCUGUCGCAGGAUGAGCUCCGCAAAAGGCUGUACCAGGCUUUUAAGAAGCGAGGGGUGCUGGACACGCUCAAGGAAAAGGUCUUCCAGUAUGGACUUGUUCAGGAGAGUGUCUCAGAGGAUGGUUGUGUUCAAGAGCGACACUUAGUUCUGUUUUGCGGCCUGUUCGCAGUUGUUCUACCUCUUUUUCUUGUACUGAAAGUGUCCUUCAGUACACAGCUCCGAAAACAGCUAAUCCAUGAACUGAUGCACCCAAUUUUAAGUGGAGAACUUCAGCCACAGACUGUUCCAAGUGAUGACAGUUCACUUUUGAUCACGGCUUCCAACAGUUUGGUGGCGGAUCAUCUGCAGAGAUGUGGCUAUGAGUAUUCACUUUCUGUUUUCUUUCCAGAAAGUGGAUUAGAGAAGAAGAAGCUGUUGUCUGUGCAAGAUCUUCUUCAAUUAAUGAGAAUCAAUCCGAAAUCCAAUUUUUACAAAUCACUGACUUUGGGAACUCAGAAGGAAAAUAAAGGUUUUCUCAUGCAGAUUUUGAUGGGACUUACAGAGCAUCAUCUAAGUAAGGAAAGUCAUGACACAGAAACUCAGACAACCUCAACACCUCCUUACAGAGACUCUCUUGCGGAGAAGCUUCAGCUGAUUGAUGAGCAGUUUGCAGGCUCCUAUCCCCAGCAUUAUAAGUAUGAAUCUUUAGAAGCAAAACUUCAGGAGUAUAGGAAAGAAAUAGAGAAGCAGCUUCAAGCAGAAAUGGCUCAAAAGCUAGAACAUUUUAAAGAAGUUGAAAUAGCAAAGAUUAAAAUGGAGGAGAAAGCACAAACCCAGAAAGAAAUCUCUGAGCUACGGUAUGAGUUAGAAAGGACACAUCAAGCAAAGGCCGAAGCCUUGAUUUCUCGUGAAAAGAAUGCUAUUGAGAGGCUUCAGAAACAACAAGAGAUAGAAGCAAAGGAAGUAUAUGCUCAGAGACAGAGUUUGCUGAAAGAUAUCGAAGUCAUGAGGACAAGAGAGGCAGAACUGAAGCAAAGAAUCGAGGCAUUUGAAAUCACUCAGAAACUUCAGGAAGAGAAAAAUAAAACUAUUGAUGAUGCACUUCGACGUCGGGAGGUUGCUGUGAAGAACAUAGAGGAGAGUUAUGACCAGAAGCUUAAAACUGAACUUCUAAAAUAUCAGCUUGAAUUAAAAGAAGAAUACAUAUCCAGAAGUAAUAAAGUUACUGAAGAUGAGAAAAAAAAUAAAGAGAAGGCUAUGCUUUUGCAUGAAGAAGCCGUUGCUAUUAAUUCAAAAAAGGAGGAACUCAAGCAAGCUGUAUCGCGCACAAAAGAGCUUGAGCUGGAUUUGGAGUCAGUGAAAGCUCAGGUUCUGCUGGUAAAUAAACAGAAUCAGCUGUUGACAGAAAAACUGAAAGAGGUGUCAGACUAUCCUUUGCUAAAGGAGGAGAAACUGGAGCUCCAAGUGCAGAAUAAACUACUUAGGCAACAGCUGGAUGAGACUCGCAGUGAGAACCAGCAUCUUCGAGACAAACUGUCCCAGCCCUCAGUGGAGCACCUGGCCUGCCAGGCAGAGCUGAGGAGGGUAGAACGUUCCAGGAGGCUGGCACUAGAUGAAUUUGAAAGUGAUAAGCAGUUUUUGGAAAAGCAGCUACAAAGUGAGGUUGAGCGUGCUGCCCAGUUAAAGACCCAACUGUUGGACUCUGAAGCUACUGUCAGGAAGUUAAAUGUGCAGGUUGAAGAACUGAAACUACAGUUGAAACAAACACAGGCAGCUUUGGAAAAUGAAGUGUAUCGGAACCCCAAGCCUUCCCUUGUUGAUCGUUCUGUCAUUGACUUCCUUGAUGAUAGAAUUGUACCUCAUGAUAUUUAUGUGGACAGCACGUUCCUGAAGAAUCCCGUUAUGAGUGAUGUCGUGAAGGGAAAUGCUGUGCCAAGAGUUGGCUACCAUCAGCAGUUGCAGACGCGCAGCGCUUCUCCAGAUUCUGACCUGGAGUGUAUGGCACAAACCCGGGCUAGAAUAAAGGAACUAGAAAAAGAGGCAGAGUAUUUGGAAGAAGCCUACAGAAACUACCAACGCAGAGUAAUGCAGGAUACAGCUGCAAGCAGAACGCCGAGAAAGAUGCAGUCCCCUUUACUUCUACAGUGUGCUGUUGGUAAAGCCCCCUUGACUACACAGCAUGAACUUUUAGAGGAUAAUCCUAGCUCCCAGCAUUCCCCUGUGAGCAGCCCAAGAGGUGAAAAAUACAUUGGAAGAAAUGGGCAGCCUGAGGGCUUUAAAAAUCCUUCAACGCCACCACACAAGGGAAUACCUUCUUCAAGAUGCCUUUCUUCUACUCCUGUUUCCAAAUUGGAAAGAGUUCUUAGUAAUAAGAAACUUUCAGAUGAAGCCAGUGACUUGUACCUUGCCUCUUCCGAGCAUAGUGUUGACCAGGUGCUUUCUCCUAUUUCAAAGCCACACAUCCUUUCAUGUUCUGAGUCUGUUUCUUCCUCACCAUCCAGUCACAGAGAGAAAAUCAGACUUCAGAAUCAACAAAUAGAUAACCAAGAUUUCAGCAGUAACCCCAAACCAGAGAAGCUACUAUAUGAGGACCUUGAAGAACACGUUUCUUCACUUGAAUAUCAGGGGGACAUUCCAGAGCAGUGUGAAAGUGAUGUCUUGCAUCCAUCUGGGGACAUUGUCAAUGAAAACCAUGUCACAACCACUAUGCGAGCAACAGCCACUUCGCUGCAGGACUUGACUGUGUUGGAUCAAAGACAUGUUGAAGAACAAAGUAAAGAAGACAAAAACUGUGAAGAGGAAAGGAGAACCAGAGAAGAAAGGAGAGAGAGAGAACAAGUGGAGGCUUUGGAGAGAGAGCAAAGCGAAGUGGAACAGCUUGAGAAAGAGACGUGGAUCCAAGAUUCAAUGAAAAUAGAUGAAGAAAAAGAAGAGGGAGAAAAGUUGGAAAAUGGUAAUUCUGCUGCUGAAGAUAUUGUAAAGGAUUCUGCUCCAAAUCCAUUAGAAAAAUACGUGAAAAUAAUUCAGCAGAGAAGAGAGCAGGGAGAGCAGGAACUGGCACACAAGGAUUCAAAAAAAGAAGAAAUAAAAGAAAUAUCACUCAUAGAGGGAAUUACAUCUAGUGAAAAAGAUGACAGUGCUGCAGGCAUUUCUCAUGGAGACGAUGAUGAAAGCUUCUGGUGAACACGAGCAACUGGUUUUGUUUUUCUCUUUUAACUACAAUAAAAUGUUUUUAAAACAGCUUUCUGACCGUAAAUGAAGUUGUAAUAAAUGCUAGGCACAGGAAUUGCAGGUUGUAUAAUUAUAAAUGAGUAAGGCUGCUAUUGAAGUCUUACCCCUUUAGUCACUGAACUUCAAUAUUGAGUCUAGAUGUGUUACUAUUCCAGCAGGAGGCCCUGGAGCAUGGUGAGAGAAAGGCCAAAGCUAUGUAAAGAAAUGAAUGUGUAUGUUCAGGUAGAUGUGUUUGGCCUUGAAUUCCUAGAAACAUCCACAGCUUUUGAAAUGUUGUUCCUCCGCUCCCCUCCCCCACAAAAUGUAACAAACAGUAAGUCAAAGUAACAGCUGAACUUUUUAUUACACUGAGGCUAUCUCAUGUUUUUAAAGGUAUCCCGUAGAAACCCCUGGCUUGUGCUUUUUUAGAGAGCAGAGACAGAACCACGUUAACUUGCCCCUUUUACUGCUACAGCAGCAGAAACACUUUUAAAAGCAGCCUUUUCUCAUGCUUUGUUAGUAUUAACCAGCCCAGAACCGAGAGAUUCAAAUAAAAAUGCUAUUUAACUCAUCUUUAUUUAAGCUUUGCAUUUUGUAGGUAAAUUAUAGGCAAGAUCAUUAAACUUUAUUUACAGUAUAAAAUACAGUAUUUUUUUUUUUAAUCAAUGAAGUAAUUUUGGGCGGCAGCAUAUAGUACAACUUGCACUGCAUUUGAGGCUGCUUACCUUGACCUAACUACAGGAACAUGAAGCCAAGUUUGACAGAAUUUAGGGGCAAAACUGAAGCUCCCUCUUGAAUUCACUGGAGAUUGAAAUGUGGUGUACCAUAAAUGAGACACACUUUCUUUUUUAAAUUAAGACAAAAUAUUUAGGGGAUAGUCUAAUUUUACAUGCUGCUAAAUUAACUUUGUGUUGCAGCAAAGAUGGAAUUUACAAAGUUCCUCAGAAAUUUGUUUUGUCUGAUGUUAAGCACGGGUUGAAUAGUGCUUGUUGCUUUAUGCUGCCCUGGAACAACUAUCAGUAGUUAAUGCUAGAAAAACUUACCAUGCUGAAGCAUACACCUACAGGGCAGCCUUUCGCAGUACAUUAUCAAAUGGACAAUAUCGAACAGAAUGUGUUUAACUUCAGAUAGAGAUAUAAAACAGAGAUGCACUAGGAUAGAGUAGCUGUAGGUCUGUUUUAAAAUAAGCAUACACAAGUGUUGUCUAUUAUCUACAAAUAUUUAUUUUAACACUUGGAUGUAACUACAGGAAGCCCUUGGCACUGAUAGAAAAUAUUGAUUCACUGUUAGGUUACAAAAAUUUAUACAUAGCAAAAUUUAAUGCUCUUUACAUAAAAAUAUUAGACUACUUAAACAAAACUUCAAAAAC